AAGACGACGGGAAGCGAGCAGCGCAAAUCCUGAGGAAGUCGAAGUUGUCCUAGUUGGUAGAAAUAUUCAGGCGCAAAUAUUUCCGCUGCUGCGCGACUUGAGCACAAACUGAGGCUGAGGUAAGGCUUUUGGAUGCUGUUAAUGUCGCCAUUAUUCGAGUCAAGCGCUUUGUGAGUUGUGAACGCAGCACUACAGGGGCUCGGUUUUCACAGCGAGUUUAGUAAAUUAAGGGCGAGUGCAGCGGCAAUGCCAGCCCAGCCUGCUCCGCGUGAAGCAGAAGAGGAGAUGGAGACGGAGCCUGACUCUGAGGUGCCUCACGCUAACGGAGAGACGGAGGAGGAGAGGGAGCGGGAGGGAGGAGAGGCAGAGGAGACAGUGGAGGAGAGUGGAGAGGAGCGAGAGAGUGACCUCGAGGAGAGUGAAGCAGAGGAAGAGGAGGAGGAAGAAGAGGAGAGUUCAGAGAUUGAUGAUGAAGAUUGUGAAAGGAGGAGAAUGGAGUGUCUGGAUGAGAUGUCUGAUCUGGAGAAGCAGUUCCUGGAACUCAAAGAAAAGUUAUUUCGCGAGAGGCUGGACCAGGUGAAAGUGAAGCUGGACGAGGUGCUGACAGGAAAAGCAGGAGAGUACAGAGAGCCACUGGCCACACUUCAGAAAAACAUGCAGCUACGCACUCAGGUAGCAGGUGUUUACAGAGAGCUGUGCCUUCAGGUGAUCAAACACAAGCAUGAGUGUGAGAUACAGGGGGCAAAACAACAUCUGGAGAGUGAGAGGAUCCUGCUGUUUGACACCAUGAAGACAGAGCUUCUGGAAAAGAUCCGCAGGCUGGAGGAGGACAAGCAGAGUGUGGACAUCACCUCAGAGUGGUGGAGUGAUGAAGUGAGGAUGAAGAAGUGUAAGAAGCGAAGUCACCUAAGCCACCUGGAGAGGAAGAAAAAGCCAGCACUCGUGUCAGGACCCUACAUAGUGUACAUGCUGAGGGACAUUGACAUACUGGAAGACUGGACAGCCAUCAAGAAGGCUAAAGCAGCACUAAUCCCCUUGAAGAAGAAGUCAGACAGUCGUCAGUUGUCAGUGCGCAGUGAAGGAGGCACUCUGUUUUAUGAGGGAGAGAGAUUCUCAAAGGGCAACACUGUUCUGUUGGAAGUCAAUGAUGAAAGCCCAGCACAGGCAGUAAUAACAGCAGUCAGUGCAGGGGAAGUGUGGUUCAAAAGGACAGAUGGCAGCAAAACCAAAAUCUACAUUUCACAGCUACAGAAAGGCAAAUACACAAUAAGGAGAGCCUAGAGUAAACACACACACACACACACACACACACACACACACACACACACACACAUACACACACUGCAACCAUGUGCUGCAGGAGUGUAUAUGGGUCAAAGGUCAGGUGUGUCUUUUUUGACAUCUUUUUCAUGUUCAUUUUCCAAAAAAAUGACUAACAUGCCAACAUCAUUCCAGUCGUACUUCUCUGAUGUAAAAAAAGACAUUAAAGGGAAAAAAGUUCUAAACUGCAAAAUAGUGAUUCAGAAUAACAGUCUACAUUACCAAAGUGUUAAAGAAAAACUAAUAGUCACAAAAAAAGAAAUUAAUUUAUGAAGAAUAUUCUUAAGACUACUAAAACUCCUGAUUCUUUCCUUUUUGUCUUUGACCCAUGUACACUAUAUUAACACUGUUGUAACAUCAGGACAUCCUGUCAAGUACAUCCUUCUGCACCAAUAUACUGCUUGGUAAUUCCUAACAGACUUACAGACAGACAGCUAGUUGUCAGAGCUUCAUCAAUAAACACAAUAUGGCACUGGAAGGAGUGCUUCACUAACACAGAGGCUUUCCACUGAGCAGACGGCAUAACGGCAGCUUCUGUUCAUCAGCACACACAGCGUAUGGCUCAGCAACGGAAACUGCUGAAUCACUGUUCCCCCAACUGCAGGCACACUCCCACGGCUAUACACCGCUACACACAGCUACACACCACUAUGGAGAAACGCAAAACUGUAGACCAAAUAGGGAUCAUAUAGAUGCUUAUAGCCCAAUAUAUGUAUCUUUACCCUUACCAUAUCCUAGUCUAACAAACUGGAUUACCUAAAGCCAAAAGUAGAGCAUUUUGUGUAAACUUAACCACAACAUGCCCCUAACGUGGUUAAAACAAUGCUCCUAUAAAGAAGUACACUAAAGAUUUUUCCAAAGGCCUCAACGACUGCAUUCACACAUUGCUUAUCUACGCUAGUACAGCUGUGGUCACACUGGAAAAUUGCACUUUGAGUCUCCUUGUAAAAUUGGUGUGACCAAGGCGGGCUGAAUGGUGACAAAAAAAAGUUCCUUAUAGUGCAGUUAGCUUUUAGCCAACUUUGAAGACUGUGUCUCAACUUUGUUAAUGCAAUUCAACUUUACUAAAGGGGUAAUAAAACAAGUCCUGUACCAUCCAGGGUCUAUUCCCACCUCAUGCCCAGUGUUUCUGUGACAGGCUCCGGAUUUAACAUGAGCCUGACCAGAAUAAAGCAUUUAUUGCAUAUGAAUGAAGAAAUAAAGUCCUAUGUAAACACAAAUCUUUGUGUUGGUUGGUAGCAAGCUGGCUAACUUGGCCAACCGUUGACAGUAAAAAACCGAAAACAUAGUUAUACCAUCAGUUCCAGCCUCCAGAAAUCCUGUGUACUAUGCAUACUUUAUAGUCAGGUCUAGAAUUAUGUCUAAUCUCAUGCCUUCCCACUGUUAAAAUGAGCUCUUUGAAAAUUUUAGACCUUCUGCAGUGCUAUAAAAGUACCACCCCCUUCAGAGAUCAACUGCUUCACAAAUGAAGCAGUGAUUGAUCCAUGAUUUGAUUUCACAUAUAAACAGUUCACCAAAGUUGAAUUUGACACAAAGUUUAAGGACUAAAUUUAUUUGCUUUGGAAACUAAAGUGUUGAACUCCACUGAAUUGAAAUGAAUGUAAUUCAGAAAGCUAGUGUGACUGGGUCUUAUUACACACCCUGGUGCUAUUCCCUGUUUCUAUAAUGACACCAGGAUUGUAGAUUAAUAGCGCCAAGUUGGAAAAUGUCGCUUUAAUUACAAUUGCACUUCAGAAGGAGAAGUAGAUUUGUGAUAGAGAUUUUUGAGCUCAUUUUGAUAAGCCUUGAGUGCAAAGAGUAUUUAUAUGUUUGUAAGCUGAUUUGGAAACUGAGGGUGCUUAUAAAACUUAUUUAAAAGUGUUUAAUAUAAUCAUGUAUUUAUAACAAAAAUUUUUAUUAAAAUCUGGUCUUUUAUUAAA